GAAUGGGGUCAUCGCAGCGCCAUCUCCACGCUAGACAUAGGAGAUACCACAACGAAUGGUAGUGAAGCAGGCGGUAACCUCGCAACAUCUGGUGAUUCUCACCGGCGCUAGACUACAGCCGGGAAGGCUGUUGCUGGGCUAUUAUGUAAUUAUCGCCCUCGUGUGAUUGCAAUAGUAUUAGUUACGUUCAUCUAGCUGGGCCUAUCUCCAACUCACAAGGGAGUUGGGGGAGGCACUUAGAGCGAGGAGAUAUAUAGUUCGGGGUCUCCGUCUGGAGUAAUUCUUAUCCCCAUUUUCCCGCUAAUUGGCGCUGAUCUGUUAGUUUGAGUCUGUUUUCCUGUAGUGCUGGUCACUAUCGCUGAGCGACAUUGUUCAUGAUAGGUGACUGGUGGAAGGGAGACGAGUUCGGCUAGAGCUCGUGAAGGAAACCCGAGCGAAGCGGUCUAGCUAGGUACAACCAGCCCUGCCAGACCUUGCAACUUGGGGGUCACAUUGGGCAAUAAAACCUGUCUCUCCCUCUCGUUUGUAUAACUCCACUCGCAUCUCUUCGUCGACGUUGCGAGAAAUCUGCGGGCAAUCUACCUAGUGUCCAAUUCGCACCCAUUUUGUACAUCGCCAGAUAGAAAAGGCAGCUUCUAUAUUCUGCGACUAAUGGAGAAACCGGGGGAUGGACCUGCGCCGCCCAAGGUCGCAAAUGAUGACAUGGUCGCCGAUUCGAGCCAUAUCUCGGACGUGGGACGAGCAUCGUCCUCCCACGACGACGCCAAAUCCGUCCACGUUGUCGACACGAGCGGAAAUGUCGCCGACGUGCAGCAAGCUGUGGCGAGAGGGUUGCAACCUCCAGAGAUCAUUAUGCGCUUGACGCCCGAGGAGCGCAUCAAGCUCGAAAAGCACCUCGUCAGAAAAAUCGAUUGGCGCUUGCUCCCCAUGAUUAUCAUUAUGUAUAUCUUGAAUUACAUUGACCGAAACAACAUCGCCGCUGCGAAAUUGGCCGGUUUGCCGGAGGAUCUCAACUUGAAAGGGGCCGAGUUCCAGACGGCCGUCAGUAUUCUCUUCGUUGGUUACUUGCUGAUGCAAGUUCCUUCGAAUUUAUUCUUGAACAAAAUUGGAUUGCCUGGUAUCUACUUGCCGGCUUGUAUGGCAGUUUGGGGCGUCAUUUCAGCAUCUACAGCAGCAGUAACAAACUUUGGCGGUCUACUCGCGGUACGAUUCUUCUUGGGUUUCGUUGAAGCUGUGUACUUUCCUGGAUGUUUGUACUACCUCAGCUGCUGGUACACGAGAAAAGAACUCGGUCUACGCACUGCUCUUCUAUACUCGGGUGCACUUAUUUCCGGUGCAUUUUCGGGCUUGAUCGCAGCGGCCGUCAAGGCAAACCUUGACGGCGCAAGAGGCUAUGGUGCCUGGCAAUGGCUCUUCAUCAUCGAGGGUGUCAUCACCGUAGCCGUGGCAUUCAUCGCACUCCCCAUUCUGCCUAACUUUCCACGGACAACAAAGUGGCUCACCGAGGAAGAGAGAGCUCUUGCGAUCUGGCGGCUGGAAGAAGACGUGGGUGAGGAUGACUGGGCUGGUGGAGAGCAGUCUAUGUGGGAGGGCGCCAAGCUCGCAUUUACUGAUAUCAAAACUUAUGUCUUGCUGUUAUUGCUUCUCGGUAUUGUGUCAUCUGGUGGUGUGACGAACUUCUUGCCUGCAGUUGUCAAGACUCUGGGAUAUCCCCCGGUCGAGACUCUUCUAUUGACAAGUCCUCCGUACGUCCUCUGCGUUGUCACCUCCUCUCUCAAUGCGUGGCAUGCGGAUAGGACCGGUGAGAGAUUCUGGCAUAUCACGGGCUCGCUGUGCGUUGCUCUCGUGGGUUUCAUUAUUGCCGCAACCACAUCGGGCAUUGGACCACGUUACUUUGCUAUCAUUAUCAUGAUCCCGGGAGUGUACGGCGCCUUCGUGGUAUCACUGGCCUGGAUUAGCAACACUAUGCCUCGACCCCCUGCCAAGCGUGCUGCUGCCCUGUCCUUUAUCAACGCUGUAUCUAAUGCUACCAGUAUCUACGUCAGCUAUCUAUAUCAAGACUGGAUGGCGCCUCAAUAUGUCAUCGCGUUCGGUGUCAACAGCGGGACCACUGUGCUCUCCAUCGCAGCGGCUCUCACUCUAAGGAUCAUGCUCACGAGGCUCAACAAGAAGCUUGAUCAGGGUAUUCAUGUCGAGGGUGCGAUUAACGCAUUACCGGGACAGGCGGCUGCUCACGGAUUCAGGUUCAAGGUAUAGAGAGGUUAUCAACGGGAAUGUUAAACUGAUAAGUCGUAACCCAUACAUAGCGAGAAUAGUAUUGCACUCGCAGUUCCUUUCCAACAGAGCAGGAAUGAAAGAAAUAACCGUUCUAUGACUCUUAGUUCCCAUACGUAAAUCACCGGCUUACCUACUAGUAGCUAGGCACAUCGCCUCAUACGAGCACACUUGUCUUUCAGUUUUGGGUUGCUGUUGAGGACGACUAAAUGCGAACAAAAGUUGAACCAAGGUAACGCCGCCGUGCAUAC